AUGAGCGCCCCACAGAUCAACAAGAUCGCGCCGACGAGCCCGUCGCGCCAGAACCCAUCCGAGCUGGAGACGAGCAUCGCCGGUGCUCUGUACGAUCUCGAGACGAACACGUCCGACCUGCGCGCUGCCCUGCGCCCGCUGCAGUUCGUGUCUGCCCGUGAGAUCGAAGUCGGCCACGGCAAGAAGGCUAUUGUCAUCUUUGUCCCCGUCCCAUCCCUGCAGGGUUUCCACCGUGUCCAGCAGCGCCUCACCCGCGAGCUGGAGAAGAAGUUCCCUGACCGCCACGUUCUGAUCCUGGCCUCGCGCCGCAUUCUCCCGCGUCCCAAGCGGUCUAGCCGCUCGCGCAACACGCAGACCCAGAAGCGUCCCCGUUCGCGCACCCUGACUGCCGUGCACGACGCCAUCCUGACCGACCUCGUCUACCCGGUCGAGAUCGUCGGCAAGCGUCUCCGCACCAAGGAGGACGGCAGCAAGACGCUCAAGGUCAUCCUUGACGAGAAGGAGCGCGGUGGCGUCGACUACCGCCUGGACAGCUACUCUGAGGUCUACCGGAGACUCACCGGCCGUGCCGUCGUCUUUGAGUUCCCCCAGACCAGCGCCGAGUACUAG